GUCAAUUUUUACACCUUGCUUAACUCAUACCUUUCACUUAUAUAAUCAUGGUUAUCUCUAUGGAUCGCUGGAAAGGCAAAGUGGCAAUCGUCACUGGUGCCAGCGCCGGAAUUGGCGCUGCAAUCGUCGAACAACUUGCAGAAGCAGGUUUGCAGGUAGCAGGUUUCGCCCGACGUUCUGAACGUGUAGAAGAACUAGCCAAAAAGCUCAGCGGCAAAAAAGGGAAAGUUCACGCUGUUAAAGUCGAUAUUUCUAAAGAAGACGACAUUCUCAAAGGUUUCAAAUGGGUUACAGACAACCUAGGCCCCGUCAGCAUUCUCGUCAACAGCGCUGGUGUCCUUCAAAACACAAAUCUAACAGACGGAGAUACCGAAAAGUGGAAGAAAGUUUUCGAUAUCAAUGUUUUGGGCCUGUGUAUCGCAACAAGAGAGGCCGUGAAGAUAAUGAAAGCUAAUAAGAUUGAUGGCCACAUAGUCCAUAUCAACAGUGUUGCCGGUCAUAAAGUGCCACAUUUUGAAAAGGCGAAUGUGUACCCGGCGUCGAAGUAUGCUGUUACCGCACUAACGGAAACGUUGAGGCAAGAAUUGAACCAUCUUGGACUCAAAAUUAAAAUCACAAGUGUGAGUCCUGGGGCUGUUACUACGGAAUUAAUGGAGGCAGACAAUUGGACGAAGGACGAUCCAAAAGUGAAGGAAAUCAUGUCAAAAGUUCCAUAUUUGAAGGCUGAAGAUAUUGCGGAUUCGGUGUUGUACGUUCUGGCAACGCCCCCACACGUACAGGUACAUGAACUAACGGUUAAGCCUGUUGGGGAAUCCGUAUAACUGUUGACAAGUUACAAAAAAGAAAGUAUGCUUAGUUAAAGAAGAGGGAAACGUGGUUAACAAGUUUUCCGUUUUUAUUACAUGAACAAACAGUUCAGCCAGUUGAAGCAGGUUAAUAGAGAUUUUCUUUUUUUCAAAAUUUUUGUUCAUGAUUGUGACUAAAUAAAAAAAUUAUAUAUUUAUA